ACUCUGUGAGCUUAAUGUUGCCUGAGAACUUGCAUGAAGUGAGCAAAUGAGUUAGAAACAUGGCAUUGUUGAUUGUACUGAUUACCUGCUUUGUGAUUAUUCUUGCUACUUCCCAGCCUUGUCGGACCCCUGAUGACUUCGUGGCUGCCACUUCUCCGGGACAUAUCAUGAUUGGAGGUUUGUUCGCCAUUCAUGAAAAAAUGCUGUCCUCAGAACAUUAUCCCAGACGACCAGAAAUCCAGAAAUGUGUUGGGUUUGAAAUAGCAAUGUUUCUUCAAACUCUUGCUAUGAUACACAGCAUCGAGAUGAUCAAUAAUUCAACAUUAUUAUCUGGAGUCAAACUGGGGUACGAAAUCUAUGACACUUGUACCGAAGUGACAGUGGCAAUGGCAGCUGCUCUGAGGUUUCUUUCUAAGUUCAACUGCUCCAGAGAAAUUGUGGAGGUUAAGUGUAGCUAUUCCAGCUACACGCCAAGGGUGAAGGCUGUCAUAGGGGCUGGCUACUCAGAAAUAAGCAUGGCUGUCUCCAGGAUAUUGAGUUUACAGCUCAUGCCACAGGUGAGUUAUGAAUCAACGGCAGAAAUCCUAAGUGACAAAAUUCGCUUUCCUUCAUUUUUACGAACUGUGCCCAGUGACUUCUACCAAACUAAAGCAAUGGCCCACCUGAUCCAGAAAUCUGGAUGGAACUGGAUUGGCAUCAUAACCACAGAUGAUGACUAUGGACGACUGGCUCUCAGCACUUUCGUACUUCAGACCAUGGCAAAUAACGUGUGCGUAGCCUUCAAAGAAGUUCUCCCAGCCUUCCUCUCAGAUAACACCAUUGAAAUCAGGAUCAAUCAGACACUGGAGAAAAUCAUAGCAGAAGCCCACGUUAAUGUCAUUGUGGUAUUUCUGAGGCAAUUCCAUGUUAUCAGUCUCUUCAGUAAAGCCAUUGAAAGGAAUAUAAAUAAGGUCUGGAUUGCUAGUGAUAAUUGGUCGACAGCCAUCAAGAUUACCACCAUUCCUAACAUAAAAAAGAUCGGCAAAGUUGUGGGGUUUGCCUUUAGAAAAGGGAAUGUGUCCUCUUUCCAGUCCUUUCUUCAAAAUCUGCAUAUGUUUCCCAGGGAACAUAACAAACCCUUAAAUGAAUAUGCCAUGCUCUUGUCUGCCUGUGCUUAUGUCAAAGACAGUGAUUUGAGUCAAUGCAUUUUCAACCAUUCUCAGGGGACUUUGGCCUACAAGGCUAACAAGGAUAUAGACAGGAACUUCUCCCUGAGAAAUGACUUCCUGUGGGAUUACACUGAGCCAGGACUUGUUCACAGUAUUCAGCUCGCUGUGUUUGCCCUUGCUUACGCCCUUCGGGAUCUGUGCCAAGCUCGAGACUGUGAGAACCCCAACGCCUUUCAACCAUGGGAGUUACUAGAUGUACUGAAAAAUGUGACGUUCACGGAUGGAGGAACGUCAUUUCAUUUUGAUGCCCAUGGGGAUAUGAAUACUGGAUAUGAUGUUGUGUUCUGGAAGGAGGUCAAUGGCCACAUGACUAUCACCAAGAUGGCACAAUAUGACUUGAAGAAUGAUGUCUUUAUCAUCACAGACCAGGAAACAAAAAAUGAGUUCAGGAAUCUUAAGCAAAUUCAAUCCAAAUGCUCCAAGGAAUGCAGUCCUGGGCAAAUGAAGAAAACCACCAGAAGUCAGCACACCUGCUGCUAUGAAUGUGUGAACUGCCCUGAAAACCACUACAGUAACCAGACGGACAUGGAUCACUGCCUUUUAUGCAACAACGAAACUCACUGGGCCCCUGUAAAGAGCACCACGUGCUUCGAAAAGGAAGUGGAGUAUCUCAGCUGGAAUGAUGCCCUGGCUGUCCUGCUCCUGGCACUUUCCCUGCUGGGAAUGGUGUUUGUUCUGGCUGUUGGCAUAAUAUUUACAAGAAACCUGAACACGCCCGUUGUGAAAUCAUCUGGGGGAUUAAUGGUCUGCUACGUGAUCCUCCUCUGUCAUGUCCUCAAUUUUGCCAGUACCGGCUUUUUCGUCGGAGAACCACAAGACUUCACGUGUAAAACACGGCAGAUGCUAUUUGGCGUGAGCUUCGCUCUCUGCAUCUCCUGCAUUUUGACCAAGUCCCUGAAAAUACUGCUUGCCUUCAGCUUCGAUCCCAAGUUACAGAACUUCCUGAAGUGCCUCUAUAAACCGAUCCCCAUCAUCUUCACGUGCACAGGUAUCCAGGUGGCCAUUUGCACCCUCUGGCUAAUCUUUGCAGCCCCUACGGUGGAAGAGAACGUCUCCUUGCCCAGAGUCAUUAUCCUGGAAUGUGAGGAGGGGUCCAUCCUUGCCUUUGGCACCAUGCUGGGCUAUAUUGCCAUCCUGGCCUUCAUCUGCUUCCUCUUUGCCUUCAAAGGUAGGAAAUUACCCGAGAAUUACAACGAAGCCAAAUUCAUCACAUUUGGUAUGCUCAUUUACUUCAUAGCGUGGAUCACAUUCAUCCCCGUGUAUGCCACCACCUCUGGCAAAUAUUUGCCAGCUGUGGAGAUUAUCGUUAUUUUAAUAUCUAACUACGGGAUCCUGUGUUGCACAUUCUUCCCCAAAUGCUAUGUUAUUCUUUGUAAGCAAGAGACUAACACAAAAUCUGCCUUUCUCCAGACGGUGUAUAGUUACUCUUCCCACAGCGCAGGCAGCCUGGCCACGAGCCAUGUUUCACUGGACUCCACCAACAGCAACAGCACAGCCACCAAUCCCGGCUCUGGUGGCAAGCCUGCAGCCUGGCCCAAGAGCAAAGAUCUCCAGACGCAAGCAUGUGCGCACAUAUGCAACGAGAAUGUUACAGGGGCACCUAAAACUCGGCCUCGAAAACGAAUUUCAAGCAUAUGAAUGCAUCCUAAGAGGUUGCAUGUUCCAGAAUAAAAUGUAUCUAGGGUCUUUGCAUUUAAGAUGCGCGUUUACUUUCCGGGCAACUGUGUUCUAUGCAUUUCUUCGCUGCCACUAUUUUCACCAAGUUUUGAUUGAACACCACCCCCUUUCCAAACACUUGUUUAACAAAGAAAGUAGAUUCCUCAACCUGCAACUCACUUUAUUCCUUACCACUUCCAUCUGCUUCCAUCUUUACCUCCUUCCCCUUAAGCACAUAGCUAAAGAUAUCUCUUCUGUUCAAAACUAGCCCAUAAUAUAGCAUCCUUAUUCUAUCCUCUACCAGUUCUUUCAAACCUCUUUGUAGGGUUCUCUCCUUGCCUCUUGAGCAUCUUCAGCUCCUCACCCUACCCCCCUGCACAGUCUAGUUGAACAAGCAUUUGAGCAGUUUUCAUGUGCCAGCUGAUAUGCUAAAUACAAUGGAAUAGGAAGAUCAAGGCAUCAUUCCUGACUCCAGGGAGCUCAAAAUCCAGGAGAAGACAGUAACACGUAGACAUCUCCAAUUCAGUAUGAGAAUUCUGAGAUUGUAAUAUGCGUAGGGCCCUAGAACAGUUUAGUGAAGUGGCACUUAGCCACCCUGGGAGAUGAUGGGAGGGUUACAAAGAAGUCCAAAUAAAGGAUAUAAUAUAUAGAUGAAGUCCUGAAAGAUGAAUAAGAGUUUGCUAAUCAAAAAGUACAGAAAGCUGUUCCAGGUAAAGGGGGGAAGCGGGAACAGCAGCAGAAAGGAUAUUGAGAAGGUAUGUUCAAGGAAAUGCAGUCAUUUUGGUCAUAAAUGAAUGUUAAAGACUUGAGUUCUUCUAUAAGGAGCUUAGGUCUUCACCAUGUGGGUAAAAGGUGGCCAUAAAAAGUAUCUGUAGAAAGAUGAUAGGUUCCAAGGUCCAUGUCAGGAAGAUCAUUCUGAUGCAGAAUAGAGAAUGGAGUCUAGCUGAGGGAGGUUUAGGAUCUAUCCCAGGAACAGAAAGGAGAAUACAUAUGUAUAUGUAAUCAAGCUGUAUAGGAGGUGACUGUUUACUUGAAGUAGUUGGUGAAGGAUAACAUAUAGGCUUCUAGUUUGGUUUAUUGAAGGGUGACAUGGAAUACAGGCGGAAGACUGGUUAAGAGUAGAAGAUGAAAUACUGAAUUUGUAGUGACUGGAAUAAUUUCAAAAUGUAUCGAACAUUCAUAUGAAUGUAAGACUCUGAGGUCAGGGGAUAGGUCAGGGCUGGUGAUAAAGAUUUGGAUGCCACGUUCACAUCACUCCCAUCCUUAUAAAACAGUUAAACACACAAAAUAACAAUGACUCCAGUGCUGAUAUUCUCUCUAGCCACCCCCUCCUUUCCACAACCGAGUGUUUGAAAGGGUAAUGCCCUUGUUGACUUGUGACCCGCUAGUCCUGAACCUACUCAAAACUGGCUCCUACUUACAUCACUUCGCUGAUAUAGUUCAUAGAGAAGUUACCUGUGACUUUUUACCUGUCAAAUUCAAUGGUCAUUUUUAAGCAUUCACUGCCCUUGAAUCUUAAUAACAUUUGUGGUAUAAUUUCUCGUUCUUAAAAUUUGUCUUCAUUUCCAUGAUAUUGUAAAGCUUUCAAUUAGCAGAAUUCUUCAAUCUGAUACAAAGGCCCUUUUGGUCCUACUCUGACAUCCCUCACCAUUUAGUUUUGGUCUUUGUUGCUGGUAUGUCUUCCUCUACUUGACUUUUAAAUGUAGGUAUUCCACAGACUUCCAGUCUCAAUCUAAAUCUCUUUUGUGUCAACACACCUCUGGCUACAAUAUUAUCUAAAUUCAUGUAUUUAUUAAAGAUAGAUCAUUAAAAUAUUUUUCUUGAGUUUUAGAGAGAGGACAGAGAGAGACACAGAGAGAAAACAUCAAUGUGAGAGCAAAACAUCGAUCAGCUGCCUCCUGCAUGCCCCCACCAGCGGCUCAAGCCUGCAACCCAGGCAUGUGCCCUGAGCAGGAAUCAAAACAGCAACCUUUUGGUCCACUGGAGGAUGUCAAAAAACUGAGCCAUGACCAAGGCCAACUUCAUGUCUUAACUUUGACCCAAACACCUCCCAAAGCUACAUAGUCCAGGUUACUCUCUAACCAACCUACCUGCUUGUUCUUCUAACACUUUGAAGUCAACAUGUCUAAUACUUAAUUCAUUAUUUUCUUCUCCCAAUUCCUCCUCCUUUUUUUCAUUUCUCAGCAUGUUGUGCCACCUUUGGACUAGGUGGAACCCUGGGAUUCAUCCCAUCCAUUCUUUUUUAAAAAUAUAUUUUACUGAUUUUUUACAGAGAGGAAGGGAGAGGGAUAGAGAGUUAGAAACAUCGAUGAGAG